AUGAGUCAACUGAAGACUGCACGGGUUGCAAAUGAAGUGAAUUCAACAAGGGCUGGGCAUCUCAUUUUACUGAUGGACGACGUGUUGCAACAUUGCAGGAAGUGGAUGAAUGAGCACAUAGCAUUGCAUUCUCUCGGAACACAUCCGAUCGGUCUCGAUGAUCUCUAUCGGUAUGUUGCAGUUCUGCUUACAUCGCACCUGACCGGGUUGAGCUUUGAGAAAACAGUUGAUUUGUUUACCCGCCUCAACUGCAAUCCACCUUCUACUCAUCGCGUCCGAUUCAUUAGCAGAAAUAAUCUGGCUCACUCGGCAACUGGUAGGGGUAGAGGCGAGAGUGCAUGGAGCGCGCAGCGGGAUGAGACUCAAUAUCUAGAUGCGUUCGAGAAGGCCGCGUAUGAAAUGACUCGCAAAAUCUUUCUUUCACCCGUCCACACUUUUGCGACGCUAGACGACGAUUUAUACGGUACUAGGGCACGCGACAACCAGGUCAAGACACUGAGCAUGAGAAAAGCCGAUCGUGAAGGUCAUGCGGCCGAUGCGAUUGCAGAUGCUCUUUUUUGCGUAACAAUUGCAGUUCGUUUUCGUCGCAGAGGCGAACCCCAGUCUACGAACGUUCUCGAGCUUAUUUGCACAUUGAUAGAGGGCAGAGGGGAGCAAUGUCUUCAUGGUUUGGUGAUAAAAGCUGACAGAGGAUACGGAAGCGAGUCACUGAUUCGCACGCUUCUGCAACAUGGCAUUGGAUCCAUACUUGUAAUGUCACAGCAUUUGCUUCGUUGCCCUCCGUUUGUGGGCAAGUCUUUCAUCAGUGUCAAUAGGCAAGACGAAGAAGAAGGGGAUAGCGACCCUGGCCAGGCAAGUGAGGAGGAUGUACUCGAAAGCGCUGUGCUCGCAUUUGACACACACGAAACAGCAUCUGCUCAUGCCCGAGGGACUUCCAGCGACGGGGCAGGGCAGCUGGCGCAAGUGACUUUACAGGAUAUCGGACCAGGCCAGAGCAGUUCACAAGAUGAAAUGGAUGGUAUAAACGGAAUUGGCGCCCGCAGGAUAGAGCUCGACCGUCGGCGCAAGUUUGUAAUUGAUGACCACCCGGAAGCUGGACCGGCAUCGUUUUUUGCCAUCAAGUCUGUAAAACCAUCUUCUCGGGGACACUCGAGUUCCCGCACACCGGGUCGGUCGGAGGUUACCGCUGUUGCAGUCAGAGAAAACGGCACAAAGCAUUUUAGUAAGGUGCUUCGAUUUUUUUACUGCGUCCCGACUGCUAUCGCUCGGACUAUAGAGACAUGGGUGGCGGUUCCGAGAACAGAGCCCGUUUCGCACAUGCUUUUUAGCAACCGUGAUGACGAAGGAUUAAUCGUCACUCCUUCUCCUAGUUCUUCAAGUGACAAAGACAUGGUGGAGCAUCUGUUGCUUCAGAGAUGCUCCGUUCUUGCAGUAGGCCAGCGAUGUGCUGACUGGUUUGUCCUACGACAAUUUCGCUUAACCGGAACAAGCGCCGGGACUAUACUUCUCACAGACAGCACAGUUCGCGAGUGCGUCGGUCUCCCACAACGACAAGGUUUUGACGAAAUAACUUUAUCAGAACGGCUUAAAUCCCUUUCCCAGACCUGGUUUGGUGCUUCACGGUCGACUGAAGCAAUGAAGCGUGGGUCUAUGAACGAGCGGGGUGUGUUUGCAGCACUGUCAUCUAAACCAUUUGUGCAGGCUGUGUACGAAUGCGGUAUGCUCUCGAGGGCAGACGCAGAUUGGAUGGCUUGCUCGCCGGAUGGAAUCGCACUCAUCGACACUGGCCAGCUGGGGAUUUCUGAAGACGUAGCUGCCCAUUCAUGGAUGGACCUCGCAUCAGUUGAGAUCAAGACUAACGUUGGAGUAUCAAGUUUAGACAGAGCGAUCGGCAUGGAGACAGUAGAUGUAAAAACUUGCAGAGUUGGAGAUGCCACAUGA